UAAGAAUAGAAAACAAAGCAGUUGGUCAGCCGGGUUAUUUUUGUGAGAAGUUGUUUUGUCAUUCGGUCCUGAGAAAUUCAUUGCAUUUUCGCAUUUCCCUGCUUAGAAACAAUGAGUUUGGCUGAUUUCCCAGAAUACGAAGUCCCCGGAGCCAUCAAGAGGGAUUUCUAUCCAUAUGAAUCCAAUGGAGGGAGUGUUGUUGCCAUUGCCGGAGAUGAUUUUGCCGUCAUUGGAGCGGAUACGCGUCUCAGUUCCGGGUACACCAUUCACUCCCGGAAUCAGGCGAAACUCUUCAAGUUGACGGAUUCGUGCGUGUUGUCUGCUGGAGGAUGUUGGUGCGACAUUCAAGCUCUGACGAGUCUCAUCAAUGCGAAGAUGCAGAUGUAUAAGCAUCAGCAUCAGCGUACCAUGUCCACGAAUGCCAUUGCCCAGAUGAUCUCCAUUACGAUGUACAACAAGCGCUUCUUCCCCUACUACACGUCCACCAUUGUGGCGGGACUCGAUGUCAAUGGCAAGGGCAGGGUAUUCAGCUAUGAUCCCAUUGGGAAUUGUGAGGAGUCUGACUACAAAGCCGGUGGCUCAGCGGGAUCUCUUCUCGUACCAGUGCUGGACAAUCAGGUUGGACUGAAGAAUAUGGAAAAUGUGGGCGAUAGGAAGAUGACUGUGGAAAAGGCAAUUGCCCUAACGCGGGAUACCUUCAUCUCAGCAGCUGAGAGGGAUAUUUACACAGGAGAUGGGAUUAUUGUGCAUGUCAUCACGCAGAAUGGCAUCGAGGAGAAGCGAUUUGAACUCAGAAGGGAUUAAAAUGUAUUCCCAGAGAUGAUUUUCUUUCUCUAAUAAAAUGCUUUUGGUAUCAAUAA